AUGAUCACAUACAACCGUUCAGCGUUUGGGCUGAAUUUGAUUUUUCGAGUCCAUGGAAGUGCAGUGUACAGGAGUAUUUUGCCAAGUUUGUUUAGCGUGGGUCUCUACUUUUUGGUGCACUUUCGAUCCCAAGCUGGAUUGUCGUAUCAAGAGCAACAGGAUUUGGGUCAUCCAUACGCCAUUGGUGUUCUUGUUUCUUCCAUUACUUUCCUUAUUGUUUUUCGUGCGAGUCAGGGAUAUGCUCGAUACUGGGAAGGCGCAUCAUGCAUACACCAGAUGAUGGGCAAAUGGAUGGAUGCAACUAUUCACUCGUGUGUGUAUCAUUUACAAUGCGAUCAUUACAAGGAUAUUAAACCACCGAGCUAUUUUGAUUAUCCAGAAUUGAAUCACCUCUUUUUGACACGAGAUCGUGAACGGGGUGCAGACUACUACGACCAGGUAGAAGAAGAAACAGAGCAUCCUUUGGACGACGAUCUGCCUGGAAGUGCGAGAUCAAGGAGCUAUCCCCAAGAUUUCAGAGAUGGGCAAGGAAACGGAAGGAGAGAUCCGAGCCCGGGCAGACUACCAGAUGGAAGGCGCAUGGCUCGAAGGCUCUCGUCUCCCUUCUCGGCAAAUUUCGAAGCUAAGAAGAUAGAACGAAAAAUACAAAAAGACAAGCAAAGGGAACAGCUGGAAAGAGCAAAAGUGAAGAGCAUCAAUUCCCUCAGCGUACCGGCGGAUUCGCGAUCAUCUAUCCGGUCGCGAUCGCCACUUUUGGGAGACAUUGGUGAAGCAGCAGAACUGUUCAACGAAUCCAUGAGCAGCAAUACUGACGGCAAAUUUUUUGAAGAAUUCCUCGACGACUCCGAGCGAGAGUAUGGUGACAAACCGACUCCUCUAGUUGGCAGACCGCGGCUAGAUGGAAAUUGGUCCCAUUUGUACCGUGAGAAUCGACAAGUCUUUGUCGCAGAAGACAAUAAUCUUAAAGGCUUUGCCAGCAUUGACGGGGGCAGGACCCCGCCUCUUUUUCUUCAAGAGUUGGCGCAUUUAUCAAGCUUACUCGUCGCAGUCUCCCUUAGCACUCUCAGAAACGACAUGGAAGGCUUCGAAUCGCCUCUUUCAUACUUUCAGCCUGGACAACCAUGGCCAGAAGUUGACCCAGACCGUGAUGAAAUCUUGAAGCACCCUGGAAAGGGGCACAGACUAAAGGCUUUAUUUACCUUCCUUGGUAUGGGUCGUAGUCCAAAAGAGCAAACUCGGUAUAACGCUUCAAGGCCGCUUCCUGUCAUUGGCGGCGUGAGUGACGCUGAAAUACGAUUCUUGCAAAUGGCACGAGGCCCAUAUGCAAAGACGCAACUCUGCUGGAAUUGGUUGUCCGAGUUUAUGAUCCGAGAGCACCUGGCUGGGUCUAUGGGUGCUGUGGGACCGCCAAUCAUUUCUCGGUGCAUCCAAUUUCUUGGAGAUGGCAUGAUCUACUACAAUCAUGCACGCAAGAUCAUGUUUAUACCAUUUCCUUUUCCUCAUGCACAACUUAGUGUCAUGUUCAUACUGGUAUUGGUACCAUGUAUUCCCUUUUUGAUGGAACAAUAUGUGGAUGAAGUUUGGCUGGCAUCAACUUUAACCUUUCUGACCGUGAUGUGUUUGAGUGCGAUCCAUGAAGUAGCGCGAGAAUUGGAGAACCCCUUUCGAAAUGUACCGAAUGAGUUACCGCUUGUAACUCUGCAAGCCCACUACAACGAAACACUGAUAACCAUGUACUCAGGAUGGCAUCCAGAUCAAUUUUGGGAUGGAGAUAGAAUAUUGCGUCGACACAAACGACGGGCUGGGGGUGCCCAUGGUACAACCCAAAGUAGGGGUUCGAAGCACAAUGCUGAGAUUGCAGAUUUGAAAAGCCAACUAGCAGAGCAAGCCAAAUUGAUUCACAAAAUAUCGCAGAAUUUGGACCAACAACAAAAAGGAAGAAGCAGCAUGAUGCGUGAGAAUUCAUUCCAUCCACGCUAUUCAGAAUCUGGUGCACGAGUCUCGACCGAUCCUUUGGUUGUUCCAGAAAGCGCGAGAAAGAUUCGGAAUGGAGCGAAUGAAAGUGUCAGCAGCAGUAGUUUUAGUAUUGACGAAAGUGAAGAUGUCCCUCUUGCUGCAGAAGGACCUCUCAGCGUCGGCAUGUCGGGAGAUGGACCUCUCAGAGUUGACAUGUCGGGAGAUGUCCAUUCUCAGUCAAGUGAAGAGGAUAGUAAGGACUUGGCUGGAAACCCAAACCUCUUGGAAGAGAUUGCAAUGACAUGA